GUUGACAUUUUUGUAAUUUUUCAAGAAAAUCUCCGAUUUUACGAAUUUUCAGCCGUUCUAUUUUAGGACGAAUGACUGAUAAGAGUUUCUCGAGUUUUUACGUUGAUUCCGCAUCAGUCAUGUGUAUUGUCAGCGAACUGGAGGUUUUGGUGAACGUUCUAUGAAUAGUGCAAAGCUUGAUUUGAGGAACAGAGAAGUCUGUCGCAUUUAGUAAUAUGCAAUGGAAAUGCAAGGGUUGGAAGGGGCGAUGGCUGUGGAUGCUCCUGGCGGCGGCAGUGGGGCCGCUAGUGCUCGCGCAGAAGAUCGGGGAUCCUUACCAGAUCCUUGGAAUACACCCCAAGGCUUCAAUGCCCGAAAUACGCAAAGCAUACAAAGCUCUGGCCAAAGAAUGGCACCCAGACAAAAAUGAACAUCCAAAUGCGGAGACUCGGUUUGUGGAAAUCAAGCAAGCAUACGAGCUGUUAUCAGAUUCAGAACGGAGACAAGCGUACGACUUGUAUGGUAUCACCAAUGAGGACGACUAUCUAUAUAAACAAAGACAUGACUACAGCCAGUAUGCACGGUUCAGCAAUGAUCCUUUUGAAGAGUUCUUUGGAGCCCACUUUAGGACACAAGAUCAAGAUAUAACUCUAUUUCAUAAGCUCUCAGUUACAACACGACACUUCGAAAACAACAUAUUAGAAAAGAGUGUGCACACACCAGCAUUAGUGUUGUUCUACACGGACUGGUGUUUCGAAUGCGUGCGCUCAGCCGCGGCAUGGCGCCGCCUGGUCGACGCGCUCCAACCACUAGGCGUUACCAUGGCAACGGUGCAUAAGGCGCAUGAAGCGGCCCUGGCGAGGAGGAUUGGUGUGCACACAGUACCGUGUCUCACGCUGGUGCUUGACAAACAUGUGUAUUUGUAUAAGGAGGGGCUGGCGUCGCUGCCCAAGAUACUGGACUUCAUGCGCUGGAAGUUCCCAUACAAGAUGGUGACGAGCAUCAACGACGGUAACGUGGAGUCGUUCGUGACGGACUUUGAAGAUAACAAGGUGAAGGCGCUCAUCUUCGAGGAGCGGCAGACCAUCCGCCUCCGAUACCUCAUCACUGCAUUCCAUUAUAGAGAUAGAUUAUCUUUCGGCUUCGUAGACAUGACUUCGCGAGACGCACAGAAUGUCUCGGAACGUUUCAAGGUGCAGCGCAACAUGGACACGAUGGUGGUGCUGAAGGAAGACAGCGAGGAGCCGGCGGCCACCGUGAGCACCACGGAGAUACCCACGCAAACGCUGCGGGAACUCAUCGAGGCCAACCAGAUGCUCACGUUGCCGCGGCUGUCUUCACAGAGCGUCCUGGACACGAUCUGCCCGGUGGAGUGGCGCGCCAGCCGGCGCCGGCUGUGCUGCGUGCUGCUGGUGGGCGCGGGCGGCGCGGCGGCCGCGGCGCGCGCGCAGCUGCGGCCGCUGGCGCGCCAGGCGCCCGAGCGCCUGCACUACGCCUACGUCUACACGCACGCGCAGCCCGGCUUCGUGCAGGCGCUCGCUAAUGGAUCUGGAAGUGACUCCUCCCAAAUGGAACACCGCAUCGUCAUAAUAUGGCGACGCGAGGCCACGCGCAUACAAUACGAGUGGCUCAACGAGACAUGGCCGAGCUGCUCGCGCUCGUACUGCCGCGAUGAAAGCAGCGAGGAAGCCAUCAAGUACCAGCAACAGCUAAAUGACACCAAGCGAGCGCUCCAACACCUCAUCAAGAGGCUGCUCAAACCCACCGAGGUUCUAGCCUACGAGACUCACGUGCAGGAACUACUAGACGAAGCGGCGAAGGGCGCGCUAUGGCACGCUAUAGUGAAACUGUGCGAGUGGACGGAGCGAGCGGUGGCCGCGUUGAAGACACAACGGGCCAUAUCCGCCGUGUCGGUGCUGGUGACGGUCUCGCUCGUACUCGCGGCCGGAUACUUCAUGGCUUACCUCAUACGCGUAGAAGAAGAGUCGGUGCAGAAGGCGAAGGAAGAGCGUCGCAAGCAGAAUGGUGCCAGCAAGAAGAAUAACAAUGAACCGCAGCCAGAGCUCCGGCUGCACGAGCUGCGCGCUGAGAAGUACAACGGACUUGUCAGACUAUUGAAGCCGGGAUGCCGAACUAUCGUGCUGCUGGUGGACGCGCAGAGUCGGGUGAUGUUGUUGUCCAAAUUCCACAAGAUCGUUUGGCCGUAUCGCAAGAACAAGACCCUCCUCUUCGCGUACCUGAUGGUUGAGCGCAACAUCGAGUGGUUCCGCCGCCUGCUGCAGCUGUCCCUCGGCGGCGGCGAGCUGCGGGUGAACGCCCGCAACUGCGUGGGCACCGUGCUGGCGCUCAACCCGCACCGCAAGUACUUCUGCAUCUACCACGCCAAGCACCCUGAGUGCACUAAACCGCAUAAGCGCAUGUCCCGCAUGACGCGGUCGCUGGGCGGCGGCGCGGCGGACCCCGAGGCGGGCGCCUUCAUCGGGUUCCACACCGACCCCGACUCCAGCUCCGGGGACGACGCGCCGCCGCGGCGCCCCGCCCAGCCGCUGCUGCAGGAGAACCUUCUGGACGGAUUAGAGAACUGGUUGGACCGCCUGUUCGAAGGCAGCACACACCGCUAUUACAUCAACUACUGGCCAGACAUGACCACCAAAUGAGGCCUAACCUAUGGCCGAGGUGCUAAGAUACAAAAUGAUUCAACUUGAGGAAUCCUGAGGUAAACAAUUUAAUUUUCUUUUCACCGCUCUGGCCGAAUGUGUUACGGCCAGCGCUCGCGAAGUACCGAUUUCUUUUUUAAUUAAAAAUAAAAUAAAAGUGACAAGUAUGAAUAUCGAAUAUGUUAUCGUAAAUUGUUAUAUUAAAUCUAUGCUAGUAUGUUAUUACUUAUUUAUAUAAUUUCCAGCCUGUAUUGUUAUAUACAUAAGCCUGAUACGUUACAUUUAAAAAUGGAACAUUUUUGUUUUUAUUAGGAAAAAGCGUUUAUUUUUCUGUCGUUCAUAAGGAAAUAUACUGCCCUACGUGUAUUAAGAUUUUCGACCACAGAUUUUGUGUGAUAGGUUUUCUGGAUUUAACCGGAAUGUAAGUUCAUUUCUGUAGUUUAUAUUUGGAGCAUUGUCACUAUAGGUUCCAUUUUAUCUGAAUAUUUGUUUCAUAUAUAUGAUGUUAUAGUAUGGAGUAAUUUUGCGUCACAUUUUAUUUAUGCCCGAAUCUGCAUUGUGGAAUUUAAGCGACAUGUAUAAAGAAUCAUUUUUUUACGGAUAGUAAAAUUUUAUUUCUUCAACCCAUUUCCACCUAAUGUGUAAAAGGCGUGCUUUAAAUGAUUAAAGUCUUCAAACAUCCGAGUUAUAGCGAUCUAUGUAUAAACGCCCGCUUUUGUUGUGAAGCGUCUGGCACUGGUGACACGACACUUUUUUUUAAUUAGUUUGGUGGUUUUAAAACUAGGUUUGUGUUUCUUGUACUAGCAAUAAUUUUCGACAAUUUGGGUUAGGCGGGCGACCAUUAUGGCCAAGCUUACUAUUAUAGCCAGAAUGCAGAAUCGGGUCAUAUUUUCUUCAUAACGCAUAUAUCAAUGUUUUUUCUCACAACACAGAGGAAAAUCAAUACAGAAGCUAUUCCUAAUAUCUUCCAGUGUCCAUAUUGUCCUGGUUAGGCGUACAUUGCGUUCGUAGUAUUGUUACGCAGUUUACUGGUUAUUCUAAAUAACAGUGAAUACAAAGGGACUUAUUGUAAGGAAGUUUGGCAAAAAAAGAGUAAAACAUUUUUUUUUUAACUUUAGAGUGGAUCUCCGAGCACAGAAAGUCAAUAUCAUUCGUAUCAACUAUCCAGUUAGAACUCACGUAUAUUUUCGACAUACAUAAUUUCUAACUGGACAGUUGCUAAAAGACGAAAAGAUUCGCGGAUAUUUUUACGUCGACGCUAAUGAUAUUUCAAAAGUCAAUCAAUAUCAAGGGUUUAAAAUAGCCACAUCGAAGCAAUUCAUCUAAGAAAGCAAUAUUGCUAUUUGACAUUUGUUUGCAUUGCGCACUUACUUUUAUAUGCGCAAAUUUCAUUUUUAGAUGAAUUUCUUCGGUGUGUCCUUGUUAACCCCCCAGUGCGCUGAGACUCACCCUUUGGUUGUAUUUUUAGCGGGAAUCUAUAGCGAAUGAAUUCCUGAUCUUUUUUGUUGGAUGUUGUUUGUUUGUACUGGAUUUUGGUUUGUAAAAGUGGUUUUUUAUUAGCCAUUUGGCUGAUUUGGCAUCGGAAUUUAUAUACGUGUGUCUUCCAAAUUGCCUCCAAAACAUUGUAGAGGCUUAAGAAAUGUUAUGGUUCAGAUAUUGUUUUGUUUUGUGUGAGUCGAAUUUGAAAAAAAAUACAUAAUAUAUGGUUGGCUCAAUAAAUAUAAUAUUCUAAUUUUUACUUUUUUUGCCAAAGUUACUAAUAUUUACGCCUGGAUAUUGAAAAUUUUAGUGCCUAUAUCGAGCUGGCGAACUGAUUUCCUACUCCGUAGGUGUAUGAAUAUAAAGGAUUAGUAAAUUUUAAAUUAGCGUUGAAUUUUUUGGUAUCAAGAGAAUCACUACGAAAACUAAACAAGUAAAAGUUUUACAUUUUAUUUUUUUGACCGGAAUCUAUGCAAAUGGAUCACAUUUAUUUUUUUACCUUCUAUUCAAUUCAAUGUGUAUAUUAAUAAGUCUCUUGAUACCAAAAUUCGUAUAAAUAGCAAGAUAAUAUAAAUUCACACUUUUAUAAACAGUCGCUGCAAACUUGGCUUGUUUUCACGAUGUCACAAUAACUAGUUGUAAUGUAACAGUAUUAUAUCCCGCACCUCAUUAGAUAUUUUGAUUGGACACGUAAAAUGUAUAAACGUAAUUUCCAAUAACAGUAAUGAGGUUGGAUUAUCAAUGUAUAAACAGAAGGAUUACAAAAGUAAAAUUGAAAGGCUUGUUUCAUCACCUGAUGAUAAGUGCCUGAUUGGUGCUUAUCCAGAACUUAUCUGGCAGAUAAGUACUCACAUGACAGGACAGUUUUUACGUGGUGAAACAGGCUCCGAAUUUGGUUGGACUUUUUGGUUACAGAGUGCUACAAAAUCGUCAAAUAGACCAAUUUCAUCAACCAUGGUGCCAGGGUUAUUAUAGAGCCGCCAAAGGGCGUCUGUUUGCUUCUCAAAAUAUUUAUUUUUUUAAACACAGAAAAAAUAUCAGAACAUUUGGACGCAACGUGACUUGGUUCUUCUUCUUCUUGGUUCACUAGAAAACUAAUAAACACAUUUUUUAAAAAAAAGCAAAUGUCAAACACCCACAUUCAGCCUAAAGGAGACUACAUACAUUACAUUAGAGAAAUCGCCACAGAUACAUUAUUCAACAUCACAGCAGAUAAAUGGAGACUGAGUAUCACCAUCACAUAGGUCCAACCACACAUUAUACUUACGAGAACUGGAUUUUGUUACACUCUGUGACGUUAUACAUAAUAAAAGCACAUAAUAACGGGUUCUUACCGCGUUUAAAAUGGCGAUAUGAGACUCCCGAUAUUUCGACACUGCUGCAAGUGCCAUGAUCACGGGAUGACUGAUGAGAUUGGAGUGGAGUAGGUAGAUCCAUAAUUUUCUACGGGCAGACAUAUCUGUCUACCCUAAACUUAACUUAUUAUGUGCUUUAAUUAUGAUAAUAACCGCGUAAACUUGAAACAAUGUCAUACAUAAAUCUAAGAUUUUUAUUAAAUUACGCUUGGAUUAAAAAUAAGAUAGUAAUGGAAUUAGUAUUUAAAAUCAUCCCUAACAGUGCCUAUAAGAUUUAAGAAAGAAAAGCUAAGAGCCUGUUCGACUACCGACUACAUCGGCCGAUAGUUCGACCGGCCUUGCCGUCUUAUACGUUUUAU